AUAUACAUAACAAUAUUUCCUUGAUUUUCCGACAAUAAUGAACAGACUUGCCAAGAAUCACAUCAGAAACUCCAAACCCAAACCCAAACUCAAAGCAUCUCCGUUCGUUAAUUGCUGCAAAUCAGCAUCUUCCUUGUUGCAAGGCGCAAAGAUUCAGUUGUCCUUUCUAUACUAGUCUGAUUUUGUCUUACUCCCAGCUGUAGAUGGCAAAUCUUCUUGCAAAUGCACAUCCAUUUCAAAUCACUUCUUUCACAACUCACAAAACCCAAUCACACGCUCUCAGCCACCCGAAUUCUCCACGCCUUGCUCAUCAAGCAACGCCUCUCUUCUGACCCCUUUUACGCCACUAAAAUCGUCAGAUUCUACGCCAUAAACAAUGACCUUAUUUCUGCACACAUAGUGUUCGACACAACUCCCCAGAGGAGCAUUUUCCUCUGGAACUCCAUUAUUCGAGCGUAUGCGCAGGUCCACAAAUUUUGCGACGCAUUUCUGCUGUUUAAAGGCCUGCUCACCUCUGGAACACAGCCAGAUAACUAUACUUUUGCUUGUGUUGCGCGGGCGUGUGCAGAGAGGUCUGAUGUAGAGGCGUUGAAAGUUGUGCAUGGGCAAGUGGUUGCUUUUGGUUUUGGAUUGGAUUUUAUAUGUAAUAGUGCUCUUAUAAGUUGUUACUCAAAGUUAGGCCUAGUUGAUGUGGCCAGCUGUGUGUUUUGUGGGAUUGAAGAGCCAGAUUUGGUGCUAUGGAAUGCAAUGAUUUCAGGUUAUGGGACUUUUGGAGAUUCGGCUAAGGGGGUAGAGUUAUUUAAUGCCAUGCAAAAUAUGGGAAUCCGUCCGGAUGGGUAUACAAUGGUUGGUUUGAUUAUGGGACUAUCUGAUCAUAGUGUGCUAAGAGUAGGGAAAACAGUUCAUGGGUUUUGUGUUAAAUGUGGUUUGAUUUUGAAUGAUCAUGCGUGCAGUGCGCUUGUCAGUAUGUAUUCAAGGUGUAAAAGCAUGGAAUUGGCUUGUAAAGUAUUUGAUAGUCUAGUUCAGCCUGAUUUAGUUUCAUGGUCUGCGCUAAUUGCUGGUUUUUCUCUGUCUGGAGAUCAUGUAAGGGCCUUGGAGUUCUUUAGGGAAUUGCUCAUGGAUGGUGGGAAAGCGGACCCUGUGCUGCUUGCUAGCGUGCUGGCAGCUUCUGCUCAAUUGGCGAUUGUAGGACCAGGCUGUGAGAUUCAUGGUUAUGCUAUAAGGCAUGACUGUAGCAUGGAGGUUGCUGUCUCCUCUGCUCUCAUUGACAUGUAUGCCAAAUGUGGGUUCUUGGAAAUGGGCAUUAAAGUUUUCAAAAACAUGCCUAAAAGAAAUAUCAUCUCAUACAAUACUGUGAUUUCAAGUCUUGGUCUGUACGGAUGUGCUCGUGAAGCCUUCCAAAUGUUUGAGGAGGUCCUUGGAGAAGGAUUAAAGCCAGAUGGAACUACUUUUAUUGGCCUCCUUUGUGCAUGUUGUCAUUCUGGUCUUGUUAAUGAAGGCUGGAAAUAUUUCAGAUUGAUGAAUGAAUUCGGGAUUCAAGCUAAAACUGAGCACCAUGUUCACAUGGUGAAGCUUCUUGGGAUGAAUGGAAAGGUGGAAGAGGCUUUUGAUCUCAUCAAAUCCCUUCCAGAACCAGUGAAUUCCAGCAUUUGGGGUGCACUUUUGUCGUGCUGUGAUUCUCAUAAAAAUUAUGACUUGCUUGUGGUCAUAGCCAAGCAUUUGUCCGAAACUAAGCCAAAAGAUUUCGGUUAUAGUGUGUUGCUUUCUAAUUUAUUUGCUGGUGAUGGGAGGUGGGAUGAGGUGAAGCGGCUGAGAGUUGACAGUGGAAGGGUGAAAGGUAAAACGCCUGGAAUAAGCUGGAUCAAUGAUAUAAAUCAUUGAGAUGUGAAUAGAAGUGUAGAAAUGCUUAUACAUAGUUACCACUUUCAUGCUCAGUACUGGUUUCUUGCUCUCAUUCUUAUGGCUUAAGGUCUAUGCAUCUUGAGUUGCAACUGAAUUCAAUGACAGUUCUUCAACUUUUCCAUUUGAUUUUAUUUGCUUUCCAGAGAAACUUACACUGCUGACCUGUAAAGGAUCUGCAAAGAAUAUGCUAUUUCUGGCUUGGAUCCUGACUGGAACUUAUGUUUUAGAAUCCAUAGGUAAAUGCUAAGUUAGUAUGCUUAUUGCACUUUCAUCCCCAGGGGAGGGGAGAGCCUAGUGAUUCGGGCACAAAACUUUCUUAUGAGAAGUCCAAUGUUCCAAUUGUAGAUGUGUGCCUAUGUUGGGUGUGUGAGUGCGUAAAAAGAAAAAAAAAAUGCUUAUUGCACUUUGUGUCACUUUGAAUUGAGGAAAAGCUAUUUAUCUAGGUUGGUAAUUUGGAAACAUUUGGAAUCC